GAGAGAGCGAGAGAGAGAGAGAGAAACAGGCUCUGCACCACACCCACACCCUCACACGCACAUACACACAGGCUCAGAGGAGAGGAACUUCAGGACAGCUCAACUCACAGCACCAUUUCAUCAGGUGAUACCUGUGUAACCUUCCAGAAUGUCGGAAGCAGUGCCAGUGGCCUUCAGAAGCAUCGACCAGAAACCUGGGCUGCAGAUCUGGACCAUUGAGAAAAUGAAAAUGGUACCGGUCCCUGCACAAGCCUAUGGGAAUUUCUUCGAAGGAGACUGCUACAUUGUUCUAUGUGGACGGCAGAGCUCCUCUCAGCUCUCAUUCGAUGUGCAUUACUGGAUCGGGAGCCAGUCCUCUCAGGACGAGCAGGGGGCGGCUGCAAUCCUGGUGACCCAGCUGGAUAAUUACCUGGGGGGGAGCCCCAUCCAGUACAGGGAGGUGCAGGACAGCGAGUCAGUCAAAUUCAAGAGUUACUUCAAGAGCGGCAUUGUCUAUAAGAAGGGCGGUUUGGCGUCAGGGUUCAAACAAGUGGAGACAAACAUGUACAACAUGAAGCGGCUGCUGCACGUCAAGGGGAGGAAGAAUUUCUCCGCCACGGAGGUUGACGUCUCCUGGAACAGUUUCAAUGUCGGAGAUAUUUUCCUGCUGGACAUGGGCAAGGUGAUUGUCCAGUGGAACGGGCCUGAAAGCAACCAUCCUGAAAGGUUAAAGGGGAUGAUGCUGUCCCAGGACAUCCGGGACAGGGAGCGAGGUGGGCGCGCUCAGAUUGGCGUCAUCGAUGGAGACAAUGAAGCCGCCUCCCCCGAGCUGAUGAAAAUCAUGACAGCAGUGCUGGGGCAGAGGACAGGGAGCCUCAAGCCAGCUACCCCAGACAACAGACCUGACAUGUAUCAGAAGUCAAAUGUGCGGCUCUACCAUGUUUCAGAUUCACAAGGAAACUUGGUCGUCCAGGAGAUAGCCACACAGCCACUGACUCAGGAUCUGCUCAGCUCUGAUGACUGCUACAUCGUGGAUCAGGGGGGGGUGAAGAUCUUUCUGUGGAAGGGGAAGAAUGCUACCACUCAGGAGAGGCAGGCUGGUCUUGGGAGAGCUGAGGGUUUCAUCAAAGCAAAGAACUACCCGUCCACAACCAACGUGGAAAUCAUGAAUGAGGACGCUGAAUCUUCCAUGUUCAAGCAGCUCUUCAAGACAUGGACAGAGAAGGGGCUGACGCAGGGGCUGGGCAAGACCCACGCAGUGGGCAAGAUUGCUAAAGUCGACCAGGUCAAGUUCGAUGUCAUGGAGCUGCAUGCCAGACCUGACCUUGCUGCAAGAGAGAGGAUGGUAGAUGAUGGCUCUGGGAAAGUGGAGGUGUGGAGGAUUGAGGAGCUGGAGCUGAAGAAGGUGGAUCCCAGUACCUAUGGGCAGUUCUAUGGAGGAGACUGUUACCUGGUGCUGUACACAUACUCGCGAGGCCAGAAACCCCACUACAUUCUGUACAUGUGGCAGGGGCUGCAAGCUUCUCAAGAUGAGAUCACAGCGUCUGCAUACCAGGCUGUGAACCUGGACAACAAAUACAAUGGGGAGCCAGUGCAGGUGCGAGUGACCAUGACCAAAGAGCCGCGCCACUUCCUGGCCAUCUUCAAAGGGAAGCUCAUCAUUUACCAGGGCGGUACAGGACGUGGAGAGAAGGCAGCUCAGGACCCUGCUUACAGACUGUUCCAGGUUCGAGGCACUGAUGAAUAUAACACCAAAGCAAGCGAGGUCCCGGCCCGUGCCUCCUCCCUCAACACCAACGACGUGUUCGUUCUCAGAGCCGACCACGUCUGCUACCUGUGGUGUGGGAAGGGCUGCAGUGGGGAUGAGCGGGAGAGGGCGAAGAGCGUGGCCGACAUCGUCUCCAAACGGGACAAGCAGACUAUCCUGGAGGGACAGGAGCCUGCAGACUUCUGGGUAGCUCUUGGAGGGAAAGCACCCUACUGCAGUGAUAAGAGGUUCCAGGAGGAGAAGCCGCAGCGGGUGCCACGCCUCUUCGAAUGCUCCAAUCAGACGGGCCGCUUCAUGAUGACAGAGGUCUUUGAUUUUGCCCAGGAGGACCUCGAUGAGGAGGAUGUGAUGCUUCUGGAUACCUGGGAGGAGAUCUUCCUGUGGAUUGGUAAAGCUGCCAAUGAUGUUGAGAAGAAGGAGUCCCUGACCUCUGCCCUGGAGUACCUGAAGACACACCCGGCGCAGCGAGACCCUGACACACCCGUCACCACGGUGACACAGGGCCACGAACCGCUCACCUUCACUGGCUGGUUCAGCGCCUGGAACCCUCACAAGUGGAGCGAUUCCCGCUCCUAUGAGGACAUAAAGAACAGCUUGGGGGAUGCUUCUGCAAUCUCCCAGAUCACUGUGGAUCUUAACAAGACAGAUCUGAACAAAGGAAAGGGAGGUGUUUCCAAAAGCCCUGCCAGUGGAUACAGUGCCCCUGGAGGUCCCAGCACUCCAUUAGACAUGGCUACAAAGAACAAGCCUCACAGUGUCAGGACAGACAAGAUUGACGGGAAGAGUCCUGCUGCUCCUAAUGGCAGGACCACAGGAUACGACCCGGAGCUACUCAUCAACAAAACAGCAGAGGAGCUGCCAGAGGGGGUGGACCCCUCCAGGAAAGAGGACUUCCUGUCGGAUGCUGACUUUGAGGACUUGCUGGGCACAACCCGUUCCGAAUUCAGUACCAUGCCAGCCUGGAGGCAGAAGCAUUUAAAGAAAACAUCUGGCCUUUUCUGAGAGGUGCUACCAAUUCAGAGCCACGCCUCCCACAAGGAAAGCAGCCUAUUUAGUGAUUGGGCUACCAUAUGACUCCAUGUUCACUUGGACAGUUCAGGCUUUUCAACUCACAUCGCAAUGCAUUCUGGUACGUUGACCUGUCUCGGGUCCCUUUCACAGCAGGACUACACUUCCCAGAAUGCAUUGGGUGCAAGUUGAAAAGCCUGAACUGUCCCAAACUGUCCUAGUGCAGGGUUCCAAACCCCGGUCCUGGGUGCCCUGUGUCUGCUGGUUUUCAACCCCGGUCCCGGGGAGCCCCGUGUCUGCUGGUUUUCAACCCCAGUCCUGGGUGCCCUGUGUCUGCUGGUUUUCAACCCCGGUCCUGGGUGCCCUGUGUCUGCUGGUUUUCAACCCCGGUCCCGGGGAGCCCCGUGUCUGCUGGUUUUCAACCCCGGUCCUGGGGAGCCCCGUGUCUGCUGGUUUUCAACCCCGGUCCUGGGGAGCCCCGUGUCUGCUGGUUUUCAUUCCAGCUGAGUUCUCAAUUACUUACUCAAACCCUUAAUUAAACUCAUAAUGUUCUUAAUUAGACCUUUUAAUUGUUCUCAGGACCUCAAAAGUUGCCUAUUUCAAGUUACUUCUAAAAAUCUCCAACUGUUUAAAAGCUGAAACAAUUAAAAAGGUCUAAUCAAGCAAAUGAAUAGUUCAGUUAAGGGUUUGAGUAAGUAACUGAGAACUCAGUUGGAAUGAAAACCAGCAGACACAGACACCAUUGAAGUGUAGAGAGUCAUAUGGUAACCCUACGUGUGAAUUGUCUGCGUUACACAAUGUUGAACGUGUUUUAAAAUGUUUCGAAAAACCAUGAGGUCAAACAAAUAGCUGUAUGUAUUUUACAAGAUAAUGUUUUUUAUUGCAGAUAACAAAAAAUCUAUGAAUUAUGCACAUGAAACAGAGCUAAUUGCAGUGUCUAGUUCUUUAACUUUUUCCAAAGAUAUAUUUUGUAAUGUACAGUCAACUCUCGAUUAACAGGGGUAAUGGGGGGGGGGAAGGAGGUCACGGAUAACCCAAAAUCAUGGUUCUAACAAAACUAGUCAAAACGUGGUACAAAACUGAUUUAAUGUAAACUUAUUUAGUUAAAAUUACAUCUGAUAUUUUGGAACACAUUUACCGUUCUACAGACGUCAUCCAAAAGUGUAAAAAUAAUACAAGUACAAUAGUUUAGGAACACAAAACAUCACAUAAAUUGCUUGAUGAAAAAUGGCCAAAAGGUUACACUAUUUUAAAAUAGUUUGUUAAUGUUGUCUGUUUCUUAGCUGAGUUCUCCUUUUUUUGAAUAUUAGAACAAAGCCUACGCAACAUUAGUUUGUCACUCAGCAAACUGUCCUCUUCACUUUCUAAAUAGUCCAGCAGACAGUCUAGGUGAUUCAGCGCAGCACCAUGCGUGAUCUUGUUUUUGCUAGCUAGCCCCUCCCCCUCACUAUCGCUGUCAUUCUCCUCCUCUCUGCCAAGCGACCUCACAAUGUCAUCAUUGGUCAGUCUCUUGUAUUGUUCCAAACAAUAGAUGCCUUCUGAUAGAUGUUUUCGCUAAUUAGUAGUACAUCAUUUUAAUUUUUUCACAAAUACACAAUCUAUUAUUAUUUUUUACCACGAUUAAUCCACCCCCGGUUAAUCGAGAGUUGACUGUACUUCAAAUUCCCUUUUGGAAAAAAUCAUCCACACUUCUGUUACAGCAACAAAAAAAUGUUUUUUUCAUACACAGCAAAGGGGGACUCAUUACAGUAGGUAGUGAUCAAUUAGGGGUUUAUUCAUACACAGCAAAGGGACUCAUUACAGUAGGUAGUGAUCAAUUAAGUUGGAUGCAAAAUAUUGACGAAUCAAAAGACUUUUUAAUCACCAGGUAUAUUUUUAAAGAUUUGAAUACAGCAUUGUAGAGAUCAUUCAUUGCAUUGAUAACAUUGUAUUUAGUGAUUUGAAUACAGCAUUGUAGAGAUCAUUCACUGCAUUGAUAACAUUGUAUUUAGUGAUUUGAAUACAGCAUUGUAGAGAUCAUUCACUGCAUUGAUAACAUUGUCUUUAAUGAUUUGAAUACAGCAUUGUAGAGAUCAUUCACUGCAUUGAUAACAUUGUAUUUAGUGAUUUGAAUACAGCAUUGUAGAGAUCAUUCACUGCAUUGAUAACAUUGUAUUUAGUGAUUUGAAUACAGCAUUGUAGAGAUCAUUCACUGCAUUGAUAACAUUGUCUUUAAUGAUUUGAAUACAGCAUUGUAGAGAUCAUUCACUGCAUUGAUAACAUUGUAUUUAGUGAUUUGAAUACAGCAUUGUAGAGAUCAUUCACUGCAUUGAUAACAUUGUCUUUAAUGAUUUGAAUACAGCAUUGUAGAGAUCAUUCACUGCAUUGAUAAAACUGUCUUUAAUGAUUUGAAUACAGCAUUGUAGAGAUCAUUCACUGCAUUGAUAACAUUGUCUUUAAUGAUUUGAAUACAGCAUUGUAGAGAUCAUUCACUGCAUUGAUAACAUUGUCUUUAAUGAUUUGAAUACAGCAUUGUAGAGAUCAUUCAUUGCAUUGAUAACAUUGUCUUUAGUGAUUUGAAUACAGCAUUGUAGAGAUCAUUCACUGCAUUGAUAAAAUUGUCUUUAAUGAUUUGAAUACAGCAUUGUAGAGAUCAUUCACUGCAUUGAUAAAAUUGUCUUUAAUGAUUUGAAUACAGCAUUGUAGAGAUCAUUCACUGCAUUGAUAAAAUUGUCUUUAAUGAUUUGAAUACAGCAUUGUAGAGAUCAUUCACUGCAUUGAUAAAAUUGUCUUUAAUUAUUUGAAUACAGCAUUGUGAGAUCAUUCACUGCAUUGAUAAAAUUGUCUUUAAUGAUUUGAAUACAGCAUUGUAGAGAUCAUUCACUGCAUUGAUACAAUUGUCUUUAAUGAUUUGAAUACAGCAUUGUAGAGAUCAUUCACUGCAUUGAUAAAAUUGUCUUUAAUGAUUUGAAUACAGCAUUGUAGAGAUCAUUCACUGCAUUGAUAAAAUUGUCUUUAAUGAUUUGAAUACAGCAUUGUAGAGAUCAUUCACUGCAUUGAUAAAAUUGUCUUUAAUAAUUUGAAUAUAGCAAUGUAUAGAGAUCAUUCAUUGCAUUGAUAGCGUUAUCCUCAGUGAUUUGAAUACAGCAGUGUAUAGAGAUCAUUCAUUGCAUUGAAAGCGUUAUCUUCAGUGAUUUGAAUGCAGCAUUGUAGAGAAUUCAUUGCAUUGAUAACAUUGUCUUUAGUAAUUUGAAUACAGCAGUGUAUAGAGAUCAUUCAUUGCAUUGAAAGCGUUAUCUUCAGUGAUUUGAAUGCAGCAUUGUAGAGAAUUCAUUGCAUUGAUAACAUUGUCUUUAGUAAUUUGAAUACAGCGAUGUAUAGAGAUCAUUCAUUGCAUUGAUAGCGUUAUCCUCAGUGAUUCUAAACUCCUAAGAUCACUUAGAACAUAUAGGUUGCACAAAUAUGUGAAAAUAAAUCGCAAAAUCUGUGUAACUUGCUUCUUGUGAUCUGACUGGAACAUUACAAUGUCUUCUUACAUUCUCUAUUGCAUUGUGUGUUAGUUUGAGGCUUUUAUUUAGAUUCUAUUUAAUCAAAUGUAAUUUUUAAAAUGUUUAACUUUCAUGAAAUGUUGUAAGAUCCUAAGAAAUAUUCUGUUACAUAUAGAAAUGUCAGUAGUCAAAAUGUCCCUUAACUGGUAUAGUUAGGUGUGGUGAGUAGGAUAUUCAGAAAUGCGGCUAUACUGCGUUUCAGAGUUCUGUUCUGUUCACAUAGUUAAAUUUCUCUGUUUAAAAAUAAAUAACACUUAACAAAC